AUGGCUACGACCAACUAUUUUGAUAUUUUUAAACCUAAAAAUGGAGAAAAAACAAACCUUAAUGUGAUGAAGCCGAAGGUAGGAACUACUGCGAGUGUGACUACAGUGACUACAGUGACUACAGUCACCGAAAUUACUACAAACUCCAAUUUGGAUCUUGGUGAUUUAACGUCUGGUCCUGUAAGACCUAUUUUAGAGGUUUACCCAAAAACUAAGCAUGGUAAUCAGAAUCGCUCAUUUUCUGCUGCUUAUUUUAAUGAAUUUAAAUGGCUCGAAUAUAGUGUUAAAAAAAAUGCUGUUUUCUGUUUUGUAUGCCGUAAUUUUUCCCAUGAUUCUGGUUAUACCGAAGAGACUUUUGUUCGAACUGGAUUUUCAAAUUGGAAAAAAUUAUCUACAAAAUUAAAAAUGCACGCGUCAAGCAAAAUACAUUUGAAUUGCCUAACACAAAUGACGUCCUAUGAGUCAACUAUAAAAGAAGGUUCUAAAAUGAGUAAAAUAUCUUCAGUUCAUCAAAAACAAGUUGAUAAAGAUUGUACCUACUUAUCAUAUUUGAUUGAUAUUCUACUGUAUUUAGCAAAACAAAGGCUGGCGUUUCGAGGUCACUCUGAAACUAGUGAAUCUCAAAAUCAAGGUAAUUUUAAAGAGUUAUGUGUUUUAUUUUAA